AAGCUCCCAAAACCAAACAAAAAACAUUUUAGCCGUCUACAACCUUAGCUUUUUCCUUCAUCGUUGCUGCUGCGGUCGUACUGUUCGUACCACUAUCAUAUCCUUCUUUUUUUUCUUCUUCUUCUUCUUUUUACUGUCAUGGCUUCAGGAGCAAAUAUUGAUCACGAUCCAUAUGUAUUCGAGGAUUUCUUCCCAUCAAUGAUUCGGAGAUUGGGAUCAGAAGGGUUCAUGGGGGAGCUAUGCAACGGGUUCUACUUGCUGAUGGAUGUGAGCACGGGGCUGAUAACGUUUGAGAGCUUGAAGAGGAACACAGUUCUGAUGGGGCUAGAGGAUCUGAGAGAUGAAGAGCUGAUAUGCAUGCUAGCAGAAGGGGAUUUGGAUGGGGAUGGGGCUCUGAACCAGAUGGAGUUUUGCAUACUCAUGUUUAGGUUAAGCCCUGGAUUGAUGGAUAGUCCCAAGAAGUGGAUAGAUGACUAUGGAGUAAUCCAUAUGCAACCCUAGCUAAUUCAUCAUUUGGUUGGUGGUGCAUGUACUACUACUUAUUUCUUUUCAUUUCUUACUUCUUAAUUAUCAUAUUAUCUGAUCUCUAAUAAUCAAUGUUAAUAAUCUUCCUUUAAAUACUGCCUACUGAACCAGUGAACUAAGCUCGUGUAUGCUUAAUUUGAUUAGUAGUAUAGUGAACAUUAUACUAAUAAUGUUCAAGUGUGAAGAAGUUCAUUAUGUAGUUUGAUUGUAAGUUACAUCUUAUUUAAAUAAUAAAUUUGAAUUUAAAUUUUCAA